GGUCCUCUGACUACAUGAGCUAGAAAGUCACUAGAGAACAAAGUUUGAAAUGAGUGUCUGCAAAACAAACCUGUGCAACACACACUGACUGAGCGCGCGAUCAAUAAUGGAUUCAGCCAAGCGGGAUGAACACAUGAGCGAGCACGCCGCCAACCUCCUGGGGACAGGACAGCGGGCCAAACCGACACAAAACGACACAAAAACAAGGUCAAGAUGCGUGAAAAUCCUCUUUGCGGUUCUUCUGCUCGCCUUGCUGGCUUUAAUUCUCACAAUCAUAUUUAUACUGAAACUCCGCUGCAGUGAUAAAGUUACUGAUAGCUGUAAAAAUCGCUGCAUGUCCAAAAGUCGUGAUGCUAAUGCAGCGUGCCACUGUGACGCUGCAUGUGUAAAUGAAGGCACCUGCUGUCGGGACUAUGAGGAAGUGUGUGUGGAACCAAGUCGACGCUGGACGUGUUCUAAGUCCCGCUGCGACGAGGAGCGCUCGGUGAACAGCCUCUGCUCCUGCUCUGCAGACUGCGUGGAAGCGGGCGACUGCUGCUCCAACUACAAGAGCACAUGUGAAGGUGAAAAAACUUGGCUUGAAGAGGACUGUGAGGACAUCAGGACUCCUCAAUGUCCUGCUGGGUUUUCUAAAGCGCCGCUGCUGCUGGUGUCUCUGGACGGAUUCAGGGCAGGAUACAUGAAGGCGUACAGCACCCUGCUUCCUGUCAUCAGCAAACUCAAGAAAUGUGGAACCUCCACGCCAUAUAUGCGACCUGCUUAUCCCACCAAGACCUUCCCAAACCAUUACACUAUAGUGACAGGUCUAUAUCCAGAAUCACAUGGAAUUGUGGACAAUAAGAUGUAUGAUGUCACUCGUAAUGCCUCUUUCAGUUUGAAAGUCGAUGAGAAAUUCAACCCCUCGUGGUACCUAGGUGAACCAGUUUGGCUCACAGCCAUGAGAAACAAACUAAAAACGGCAACUUUCUUCUGGCCUGGAUCCGAUGUGAAAGUCAACGGAAAAUACCCAAAUUUCUGGGUGAAGUAUGACAGGAACAUUCCCUUUGAACAGAGGAUGGCAAAAAUCUUUGAAUGGUUGCAUUUACCUGAAGGAGAAAGGCCAGAUUUUUACACCUUAUACUUCGAAGAGCCUGAUGCUGCGGGUCAUCGACAUGGACCAAUGAGUAGCCAGGUAAUUGAGGCUUUGAUGAAUGUUGACAGACUUAUUGGGCAGUUGAUGGAGGGCCUCAAGGAAAGACAGUUGGACAAAUGUGUCAACCUGGUUCUGUUGUCUGACCACGGGAUGGAAGAAGCGUCAUGUAAGAAAGCUGCAUACGUCUCCGAUUAUCUGGAUAACACUGAUGACAUCACUGUCAUCCAGGGCCCUGCGGCAAGAGUCCGGCCCAGACGUUUGCCUGAUGAGUUCUUCUCCUUUGAUUAUGAAGGUCUCGUGAAGAACCUUUCGUGCAGAGAACCUGAUCAGCCGAUGAGGCCGUAUCUGAAGGAGCACCUCCCCAAACGCCUUCACUUUGCACAUAGCAUCCGUAUCGAGCGAGCACAUCUCUACAUGCAGCCGCAGUGGCAAGCAGCACUAAAACCGAGUGAAAUUAAAUACUGCAGUGGUGGCUUCCAUGGUUCAGAUAAUGUCUUCAAGAACAUGCAGGCCAUUUUUAUUGGAUAUGGACCAGGAAUCCAUUAUAAGACGACUGUGGCUCCCUUCGAGAACAUUGAAGUCUACAACCUCCUAUGCGAUUUACUGGGUGUUCCUCCGGCUCCCAAUAACGGCACCCAUGGCAGUUUAAACCAUCUGCUGAAGAACCCCCCCCAUCAGCCGGUGUACCCCGCACAGCGCUCGGCUCCGUCCACAUGCACCCCUGUUAGCGGGACCCCACGUGACCCCCGGGGCUGCACCUGUGACUCCCUCACUGAGGCUGAGGUGAGCCGUCUGGACCAGCAUCUCAUCGACUCAAAUUCAAGUGACAUUGUCAAGCCUGUUCAUCUGCCUUACGGACUCCCGCGUGUCCUUCAGGAGCAGUCGGAUCACUGUAUACUUCAGCACAGUGCGUACAUCAGCGGAUACAGCCGAGACAUCCUGAUGCCCCUCUGGGUUUCAUACUCUUUGAAUGCAACGGUUAGCGUGCGUCCCUCAGCAGACACAUGUGUGCGUGCAGAUGUGCGAGUUCAGGCCAGUGCGAGACAGUCCUGCUCGUUCUAUAAGAACAGUUCCACUCUGACCUUUGGCCUCCUGCAUCGGCCCAACUUCAGUCCUACAGGAACUGAGCCAGACUCCUUCAUUACAAGCAACAUGGUGCCCAUGUUUCCAGCCUUCAAAGAUAUUUGGAAUCACUUCCACAAUGUUUUGCUGGUGAAGUAUUCACAAGAGCUGAACGGUGUAAAUGUUGUGAGCGGGCCAAUAUUCGAUAACGACUUUGAUGGGAACUAUGACUUAAUGAACAAGGGAACACCGAACGGGACGCCCAUCCCUACACAUUUCUUUGUGAUUCUUACAAGUUGUAAGAACUCGUCCCUUCCCAUCCGAGAGUGUGACGGCCCUCUAGACGCUGUGUCUUUCAUUCUACCUCAUCGACCUGAUCAUCAGGAAACAUGUCAUAAUGGCACAGACUACUCAUGGGUCCAGGACUGGGUUCAGCUUCACGUGGCUCGAGUCAGAGACGUCGAGCUUCUGACGGGCUUGAGCUUUUAUCAUGACCGGAUAUCUGUUGCUGAAACAUUACAACUCAAGACCACACUCAAAACGUUUUAGGAUCCUCAUUUUACCGCAUCUGCAGGCCACAAAAGGCUCAUUCGCGAUGGAUUUUUUUCCAACAUUGAAAUGCGGCUGAGCUUUACCAGACUCUGAAACAAAGACGCACGUUUAUCCAGAGAGCCUUUGAAGUCCUAAAAUGGAAAAAUGAAACCCUUUAUGAUC